AUGGACGCCCUUGCGGCCCUCGAUACCGCGGGACACAUCCUAAGCGCAACAAGUUUCAUUACAGAGAUUGUCUCAGCUGCUCAGGCUAUCGCACAUCCGAAUGGCAAUAAUGAAGAAACCAACCUGGACACUCUCGAAAAGUUGACCAUCGCUCUGUCAGAGAGGCAGAUUCUGCCCGGUAGUGAUCUUGAGCCAGCAGGGAAUCCGCUUUCGCUGCAAGAUCUGCUUUUCUUGCGGGAUGCUUCCAUUGCGCUUUUGCGGAAUGUAGAGUCCAUCAUACGACGAUCACCCGAGAAGCCAAGAGGCCAGAGAAAUACCCGGGACGUAUUGGGAUCUCGGCUGGCGGACACGCACUACAAGGACGAAUCUGCUCGGCUCAACACUACUGUGACGCGUCAAGUCGUCUUGAUUCUAAACUACUCGGAGGCCGACGUCAAACAACUCAAAGUCCUGCUCGCUAGGUUGACCGAGUCAGAGGACGCCUUGCUCGCCGAUACGAUUGUGUCGAGUCUGAAUUACAGCAGUCGACCGGCUCGCCUAGAUUCCAUUUCGCAAGCCCACCAGGAUACGUUCCAAUGGGCCUUUGACUCUCGGUUGUCAGAAUGGUUCCUCUCUGGGAGCGGAACCUUUUGGAUUUCAGGCAAGCCCGGCUCUGGCAAGUCCACCUUCAUGAAAUUCAUCACCAAACAUGCUCGGACGAAGGAGUUGCUGGCGCGCUGGGCAGGCCCGUCCAACACGCUGGCUAUUGCAGCGCACUGUUUCUGGAUCGCGGGUACGCCAAUCCAGAAAUCGUGGCAGGGGCUUCUCCAGUCUCUGCUCUAUGACUUGCUCCAUGGACAUCCGUACGCUGUGUCCCUGGCCUGCCCUACUCGAUGGGCAGCCGCCAAGGCUGGAAGAUGGCAGACCGCUGCCGAACCUUGGUCCGUGUUCGAGCUUGCUGCCGCGUUGCGAUCCCUGGCAACGGCCGAUCACGUCCCGCUAAAGAUGUGUUUCUUCAUCGACGGACUAGACGAGUACGACAGCAACCACGCCGAGCUCUGUCAGGUUCUCCUCGAUAUGGCUAAGUCUCCCCACAUCAAGAUGUGUUUGUCCAGCCGUCGAUGGCCCGUGUUUGAAAGGAGUUUCGGGAACAAGGACCAGGAAAGCCUUGAUAUUCACGAGCUAACACGGAACGACAUUCGAAAGUUUGUAAAUGAUCAAUUAAAGGCUGAUCCUCGUUGGAUUCUCGAGACAUCCGAACAUGCUACCCUCGAGAAGGCUGAGCUCGUCAACCGAAUCGUGACUCAGGCUGACGGGGUGUUUCUCUGGGCCUUCUUCGUUACGCGGUCUUUGCGAGAAGGUCUUUCGAAUGGUGAGAGACUCGAAGACCUGAGCAGACACUUUAGCCAACUACCGUCAGAUUUGGAUCAUUUAUUUCAGCAUAUGUUGGACAGCGUGAAUCCUACCGACCAUCGCAAAAUGGCAGGCAUCUUGCAGGGCGCGGUGCAUGCCUUGGAGCCGCUUCACAUUGAUCUUUACUGGCAACUGGAAAGAGAAUUAGAGGAUCGCAAUUCGCCUUCUCGAAAGAUGGAAACGCCAAAACUCACGGAAGGCGUUGCCCUGCGCAGAGAGAAAACCAUCCACAGCAUCAACGAAAAGACAAAGGGACUGCUCAAGCUUGUCAACGACCGAGUCGAAUUCCUUCAUAGGACCGUAAAGGACUUCGUUUCGACAAAAGAUAUUGGCGACUAUCUCCGGAACAAGCUCCCGGCUGACUACAAUGGCUUCAUCUCCAUUGCUGCUGCAUAUCUUGGAUUUCUUCGAGCCACGCGUCAGGACAAAUCGCUCGUCGCAGACAUCAUCAGGCAAGGGCGAGGGAUGAAUAGCGGCCCAUUCAUUGCGCAUCUGAACCAAGCCCUACUUUACGCGUCUGAAGCGCUGAAACAGACAGAACAACCUGGCUCGAACCAGAGUCAGCAGGUCGAGGAGCUGCUAGACGAGUAUGAGGCAGCCAUCGUGACCAUGGUCAGCCUCGGCCAAGUGACUGUGAGGGGCGUCAACUCUCGCGGCUGCGAUGCGAGAGUGCUGUUCCGCGAAGAACUCCUCCGGCACGACUUGGCACCGUAUCUGGCAAACAAGAUGCGCCAGGUGCCGGACUUCUUCGACGUGUUCGACGAGUCACCCCUAUUCGCAGCGCUUGUGCCCAUGUCCCGCGACAGUGGCGAGAGUCCGGCACCCGCAUCCAACGUCCUCGAUAUCCUUCUCCGCCGUGGUGAGGACCCAAACUUGCUGCCGCGCGAAUGGAGUAUCGCGGGCGCACUCGAUGCACCUUCGCCAUGGGUCCUGUUCGCGCGCAGCACCAUGUCCGUCUUCAACACGCUGUCGGGACCGUGCAUGUUCCCUGCCCUGCGAUGGAACGACGCCCUCAAGAAUGCCACCUUUAGCCGCCUGCUGGCGCACGGCGCGGACCCCAACAAACCUCUGCUGGACCGCUCGGGGGCGCGCACCGUCUUCUCGCACUUUUUGGAUAUCGCUCUAUCCAAGUUCCUCUGCGAGGAAUGUUUCGAAGACUAUCUCAAAACUCUAGACUCAUUUUUGCGAGCAGGCGCAAGUCUGGGUGUGCCCGAACCGGCGGCCACCGAGGACGGUUCACGCGUCGAUGCCGCCUUUGGGAACCUGGCGAGAAGACAACCAGACGAGUCCAUCCUGGCGUCGUUUUGCAACGAACUCAAGGGCCUCUUGGCACGAUUAGCAGCCGACCCGCCGAGAGCCACAUUUACCAUGUCUGUCUUGGAGAAACUUAUACUGCACUGUCGUGGCAGAGAAGAGGACCUGAGUGAGCUAGGUUUGGCCAUAUCACAAGGCUGCCCCGCCCAUGUCAGCGAACCCCUAGCACGGUUGAUCGGUUCUGAGAAGGCUCUUCGUCACGGACGGGAAUCUACGCUGGAAAGACUCCCCAAACGAUUAAGGCGAUCGUGA